UUCAACUUUAAUACCAAACAAAUAAUUUUCUCUUAACAAGAAAAAAAAAAAUCAAAUUAUCCUCAGAAUUAUCUAAAACAAAAAACAAUCGCACAAACUCUUUACAAAAACUGUGGUCUCCGGUUUUUCCACUUUUCUUCGUCAGCUGUUUUUCCCUGCAGAAAUCCACCGCAGAAAUCCAUGGCGAACACAAUCCCAUAGGCCCAAUCAGCUAAAGGCGCUACCUUUAUGCCAAAAAAAAAAUGGAAUCUUGCGCACGACGUCGUUUAUCUCUCCUUUAUUCCCAUAUCAACCCACCUUCAGAACCCACAACGCUGCCCGCUCGCCUUGUUGCUUCAGCUUGCGCUGUGGAUGCCAAUGGAGGGCACGCAGUUGAAAGGGGGCACAAUGAUUGUGUGUUUUGCAAGAUUAUUCGCGGCGAAGCUCCUGCUCUCAAGUUAUAUGAAGAUGAUGAGUGCCUGUGCAUUUUGGAUACUUAUCCUUUAUGCCAUGGGCAUUCUCUCAUUAUUCCAAAGUGUCAUUUCCCUUCACUGGAUGCAACUCCUCCAUCAAUUAUUGGGGCUAUGUGUUCGAAAGUGCCUUUAAUUAGCAAUGCAGUCAUGAAAGCUACUGGCUGUGAUUCAUUCAACUUGCUAGUCAACAACGGUGCAGCUGCAGGUCAAGUCAUAUAUCAUACCCACAUCCACAUAAUCCCGCGUAAAGCACACGAUUGCUUAUGGACUUCUGAGCAGUCUUUACGAAGAGGCCCUUUGAAGCUAGAUCAAGAGGCCUCACAGCUUGUUAAUCGGAUUCGUGAAAGCUUGGUGUUUGUCGAUCACUAUCAAGAUAGCAAAGGUACUCAAUCAUCGAGUCUUGUCGAGAAUUAGUUAGAUUAUUCGAUUUCUGUUUGUAUUUUUUUUUUUUUUGU